UACAGGUAGACUCCGCGUUUCUAUAUAAGAGGCUCAUUGGCUGCUUCUCUUCUUGCGCUGCUGUGAGAUAAUUUGAUUUCCACACGAUUUGUUUGCUUGGAAGCUACGGUAUUUGAUUCGUGAAUUCGAUUUUGCUAUUUGUGGAGCGAAAAACAAGGUUUUUUAAAUUUGUUUGAAAUGGAGAGAACGAGAGUGGUGGUUGUCGGCGGCGGAGUUGCCGGCUGUGUGAUGGCGAAGGGCCUUCAGGAUCAGUGCGAUGUCCAUCUUAUUGAUCCGAAGGAAUAUUUUGAGAUUGCUUGGGCAGAAAUGAGAGCCACUGUUGAGCCAUCUUUUGCAGAAAGAACAGUGAUUAAUCAUUCAGAGUACCUUUCCCAGGCUCAUAUUAUUACAUCUGCUGCAACUAACAUCACAGAACGUGAAGUUACAACUGCAGACGGCCGUUGCGUUGGGUUCGAUUAUCUUGUCAUUGCCACUGGUCAUGCAGGUGGUCCUGAAUUUACAAGAUCCGAGAAGCUCCAUAAGUACCAAGGAGAACAUGACAAGAUAAAGGCAGCAAAAUCAGUUUUGGUCGUUGGAGGCGGACCAAGUGGUGUAGAACUAGCAUCUGAGAUCAUUUUUGCCUAUCCCGACAAAAAGGUAACUUUGGUGCACAAAGGGCCGAGGUUGCUGGAGUUCGUUGGAGAAAAGGCUGGAAAAAAGGCACUGAAUUGGCUCAUUUCAAAGAAGGUGGAAGUCAUCUUGGGUCAAUCUGUCGACUUGGAGUCUGGAUCAAAUGGUGUUUAUCAUACAUCAGGUGGAGAAACAAUCCAUGCUGAUUGUCAUUACCUUUGCAUCGGAAAGCCACUUGCUUCGUCGUGGCUGAGGGAGACUUGUGUGAGAGAUAGCUUAGAUGUUCAUGGAAGGCUAAUGGUCGACAACAAGUUCAGGGUUAAGGGUCACAAUAACAUUUUUGCUAUUGGAGAUAUCACCGAUGUUCCUGAACUCAAGCAAGGAUACUUAGCUCAGGGGCAUGCUGCAGUUGUUGCUAAGAACGUGAAGCUGCUCAUGAAGGGGCAAAGCGAGAGCAAGCUAGCCACGUACAAGCCAGCUUCAGCAUUUGCGCUGGUUUCACUCGGUAAAAAGGAGGGAGUGGCACAGAUGAUGUGCUUAACUUUGAGCGGGCGCAUUCCUGGCAUGAUAAAAUCUGGGGAUUUGUUCGUUGGGAUGGCCCGGAAGAAUCUUGGCUUGAAAUCGAAUUAGGGUGGAAUGAGUUGGGGAGAGUUGUGAGUUAUGGUUCAUAAAUAUGAAAUUCUUCAAAAUCAUUUUUGUGUUGUUUCUGUCUUCAUAUAUGCUGUUUGAGUCUAUAUUUGAUGUAUUCCAUUCAAUGUAAGGUGUGUUUGCGUUCUGUUUUUAGCGUCUUUGAUUGAGUGAUUAUCACGUGGUUAUGUGAUGUAAGUUACUAUACAAAAAUACAAAUUUUGCAUUUA